ACUUUGUACAACCAUUAAAGUUUGGUAGUCUACGCUUUUGUACUGAAUCAAAAUUAUCCCUUUAACAGCUAGAGCAAUUGAACGUCAGUUGGCAUUGCAAGUGAAUUAUUGUGGAUUGUUCAAAUUUAUACAGACAAAAAUUUGAUACAAAGCAGACUGCCUCUUACGAAUAAUGGAUUAUUUAACAAAAUUAGUUUUAUGGAAGGACAGUUUAUGUAAUGUUUCAUAUGGAUUUAUAUAUUGGCUAUCUCUGUAAAUUAGAUUUACCUUUUGUAUUAAACAGAUGGGAAACUGGUUUGGAUGUUGUGGAAAUGCUCAGGACGACGACUACUGGAAUGUUACACACCGGAAAAUAGGUAGUGACAAUCCUGACUGGAUGAGCAAAUUACAAAAUCCGGAUCGAUUGUCCUUAGCUGGCAUUUCCAUACCUGGGACGCAUGACACGAUGGCGCGUACAACCUUUUUUCAGUGUGCUUGGUGUCAGAGUUUGAGUUUACCUGAUCAACUAUUAACUGGAAUACGUUAUUUAGAUUUACGAUGCCGCUAUUAUCGCAAUGAUUUGUUAAUUUAUCAUGGUUGUUGUUAUCAAGAUAGCUCAUUACGCGGUUGCCUUCUGGAGAUGAAAACCUUCCUCAGAACUGAGAAUAGUAGGAACGAGUGCUUACUUGUAAGAGUUAAAAGAGACGAUGACGUUCAUGAUGGUAAUCCGCGAUUAGAAAACCGCGAGUUUUGUGAAUUAUUUCGUUUAAUUUUGGGACAGGUAAAUGAUGAAGAAAAUAACCUAUUUUGGCUCGAAGAAAACAUUCCAACCCUUGAUGUUGCAAGAGGAAAGAUUGUCAUUUUACGUAAUUUUGAUAGACAGCCUGAAGACGAAGUACCACUUGGCAUACCGUAUGGAACACUGCGCAUAGAAGAUAACUAUGCCCAGAAUAGUUAUUCACAGAGAUUUGAGUAUACUAGGAAUCACUUACUACUAGCGCAGGAAGAGAAUAAUCUACCUGACUUGUUUUUAACUCACAGCAGUGCUGUCAUAUGCAAGAUGUGUCCUCCACGUGAAAGCGCGAGAAGAUUAAAUCCAAUGCUGUAUAAUUUUAUAAAUGAACAAGGAGGACGUCUUGGAAUAAUAGCAAUGGAUUACCCGGGGCCUGGGCUCAUUAAAAGAAUUAUCCAAAACAAUCUAUUCAGUUGAUAUGUUAUUAGCAAAAAAAUUUAUAAAUCUUAUUCAGAAAGGUAAAGAAAGAUAUACCGUAACAUAUAAUGUAUGUGAGUGACACCCGUCAUAAUUCUACAUAUUCUAUGUAUUCUUGCACUAAACAUGCUAAAUAUUAGUUUCCUCAUUUUGUUCAUUUAUUCAUGAUUAUGCUUUCUUGCAAUAUUUUGAUGUUGUCAUUAUGCUAUUAAUUCUCACUUAUAUUCAUCUUAAUGUUAGUUCCCAUUGUAUAAUUUUAGUUACAUUUGUAUACGUUUUGUUACCCUUUUUGACUUAGUUUCAUAAUUCAUAUUUUUCUCCACUUCAUUCGACAAUUGGCAUUUACGUUGGCAUUAGAUGUUACAACGGUUGUUAUAUCUAAUCGCCAAUAAAUACAUCUAUUAUAAUACAUUUCAUGUGUUUGUUUUAACAUUUCCCGGUUGUAAUAGAAAACUUCCUGUUAGGGAUGGGACAUUGCCUGUGAACAAUAACGUUGUCCUUUGCCUGACCGGAAAUUGUUCCUGAUAGAUUCGGAUCAAUUGCACUAAAAAAUGCUAAUAAAUUCUUUACUUUAUCAAGAUAGUGCUUGAAAAUUAUAACUUAAUGCAUAAAACCCUACUUUUUAAACUUUAAAUUAUAAACUGUAAAAGUUACUUUAAUAUUAUAUUACCCCUUAUGAACAAGCAUACAUGUACAGUUAAACAAAUAGUAAUCAAUAAAGUUUGAUAAUCCAGUUAAUUUAAGGUGUGGUUGAUAUUGACCAUUUGUAAGAAAUAUUAAGGUUAAAAGAAAAUCGAAACGACGUGACUCCAAAAUUUUAAUUUUCACAAAGUCAAUCAAUCUGAUUAUUUAAAUCUUGAAUAUAAGCUUCCCUAUAAUCCCAACUUGAAGAAACCCUUUUAACAUUCCUUAAAGAUGUUGGGUCAGCAUGGUCAGUGGUAAACAUUAAUAAAAUUAAGAUUUUUCUCAUUAAUAUUGUCAAAAUAGUGUGUUUAAUAUGGUUUUGUUUCACCAACUGUCUGAAGUUUUCAGAGUUUGAUAUUUAAAGGGCAUAAAUAUUAAAAAUGAACACUUUAAAGUUGAUACUGUUUUUCUUUAUAAUGAAUUUCUUCUCAUUUGCACAUGCAUAUUAAAAUAAAUUAUACACAUUUUAUGCAAAAGGGAAAAGAUAUACAACAUAUUAAAUAAACACAGCUAAAAUAGUUUAAUACAUUGUAGAAUGGGAUUGCAGCAAAAGGGCUGCUUGGAUAGAUAGUACAUGAUUUUAAUUUAUACAACAUAUGGUGUCUGUUGUUUAUCUUUGUUUUUAUGACAAUAAAGGAGUUCAGGGGUUCAAGCAGUUCUCCGCCCUA